GAUGCCGCGGGCGCCCCACCGGCUGGCCGGGUCACCCUCCAGCGACUCGCCGGCGCCGCGCGCACCAUGGCUAGAGUGCCCACUGUCUCGCUCCCCGAACUGCGUUCGCUCCUGGCCUCGGGCCAGGCCCGGCUCAUCGAUGUGAGGUCCCGGGAGGAGGCUGCCGCGGGGACCAUCCCCAGUGCGCUCAACAUUCCGGUGUCUGAGCUGGAAAGUGCCCUGCAGAUGGAGCCAGCUGCUUUUCAGGCUUUGUACUCUGCUGAGAAACCAAGGCUGGAAGAGGAGAAUCUCAUUUUCUUCUGUCAGAUUGGCAAGCGGGGCUUCCUUGCCACACAGCUGGCCCAGAACCUUGGAUAUGCAGGGGCUCGCAACUAUGCAGGGGCCUACAGAGAAUGGUUGCAGAAAGAAGGUUAACUGGGGCCUCCCUGGUGGUGCAGGGGUUGAAGUCUCAGCGCUCUCAAGCUAUCACCAGCCACUAUGGCAUAAGUUUGAUCCCAGGGAUCUAAUCAACAUGGUGCAGCAGACCUCUCCUGUCUUGCCUUCUGCCCCCACUCUGUCUCUGGUGAAUCCUCUCACCCCCUGCACCUCUGGCUAUACCCCAGUUCUUGUAUGCAUAAAUAAAUAAAUAUGUUUAAAAAAAAAAAAAAGAAGACAGCUGGAAGGUGGCGUCCUGAUCUUGCCUCACCCCCUUAAUGGUGAAGAAUGGGCUGAUGUGUUGGGUUGGGCAGUUCCUUACAGUGUUGUGUUUACGAAAGUAUCAAAUAAAGCCUUUGAUCAAAGUAUUGGAAGCACUGAAUUU